GCAUCGAUCGAUUGCAUGAGACCCGUAAACUCAUCAAUCGGACCUGUUUACGGGUCUAGGAUUGCAAGGGGGGGUGAUAGGCAACAUGUACUUGUUUAUUCACUGCGUAAACUGCGUAGUAGCUUCAGUGUGCAGUUUCCCAGUCUAGACACUGACCAAGUGGCUGAGUUAACUCCGAACAAAGAUGACAUGACUGUCAUGAAGAUCACCACACACAGUGAUUGCACUAUGCAUGUCUACUGUCUAACUGGUACUCCGAUUUUCUUCCAAAUUGAGAAGCAAUUGUACCCUACUGUAUAUAUGCUUUGGAAGCACCCUAAUCUACUACCAUGCCUUAUUACAUGGCCGCCAGUCUUGGACAAGUUAUCAGGAGGAGCAGAUCUCAUGUUACCAGGAGUUGUUAUUCCACCAUCUGGUCUACCACAGCUCAACAAAGAUCAGCUUUGUGCAAUCUGUCUCUUAGGCAACCAUGCACCUGUUGCUGUAGGCCAUGCAAUAAUGUCAAGUGAUGAUAUGAAAUCCAGUGGCAUGAAAGGUCGAGGAAUCCAAGUCAUGCACUGUUACAAGGACUCGCUGUGGGCACAAGGAGACAAAAGCCUCUUGCCUGAAAUCCCUCUUCCAGAACCAGGUGGAAAUCUUUGUGAAGAAAACUCUGAAGAAGUCACAUUAUCCACAGAACAGAAUAUCACUCUCACUGAUGUAGGUGGCCUGUCACCAACUGUACAUCAAGAUGAAACAGAACCUCACAUUGAUGAGAUUUGUCUUGAAGAUUAUCCGUGCGAUGGAGGUGGUGAGAGAGCAGAUGAAGUUACUAAAAAUGAAUCUCUUUCUCCAACAGAUGAGAUGGAUGCCCUGUUGUACCAAUGCACCUUGCACAGUCUAAAGUCCAUGGUCAAGCCAUCAGACCUACCACUGCUAACAAGUAAUUUCUACAGAUCCUAUGUUGUAUCUUGUUGCCCAGAGGGCCAAACCUUAGACAUAAAGAAAACUAGUUACAAGAAGCUGUCUAAGUUCCUUCAAAAGUUGCACUCGGAGGGAUUUCUGGAGGUCAGGGAAGAAAAGAAGGGAGUGGACUUCAUCACAGCUGUUCAUAAAGAUCAUCCAGAUCUUCGUUCCUUUAUUGUACCAGCAUCAACUGAUGGAUUUUCUGCAUCUGGAGUUAGUAAUGAAGCAUCAGCCACUCAUAGUCAGCUUGAAGUGAGACUAAUGAAUGGAGUGUCUGCCGAUAUGUUGCCUAUUUUGAAAGUUUCUGGUUAUGGCAAAGGUGACUGGUUGACUCAUGAAGCUUUGAGAGAAGCCGUGACAAAGUACAUCAAAGGCAAUGACCUGACUGAUGAGGAAAAUCCAAGAAUGGUGAACCUAGAUGGUCCAUUACAUGAAGCCCUCAUUAACAGGUCAGAGGGUUAUGUGGAGAAACUUCGUUGGGAUCAGGUCUUCAGUAGGUGUAAUGGAAGAAUGACUGCAGGACAUGAAAUCAUUCUUCCAGGUCAAAGGUCAGUGGGUCAGAUCAGGAAAGGGAAACUUCAACCAAUUCAAAUCAAACUGGAGAAAAAGUCUGGCAACAAGAAUGUGACAGUCAUCCAGAACAUAGAACCUUAUGGCAUAGAACCCAAAGAUUUUGCUCACCGUUUACAGAUCACUAUAACAUUCCAAGACGAUAUAUCCAAGGAUUGGAGUUGGCAGCCAAGUCUGGAAAGAAAAGAUGACACAAGAUUAUCAACCUUUAACUCUUGGAAUGAUAAAGACUUCAGUUAUGAGAUAGCAACAAAGAUUGAAACCUUCAGGGAGCGAAAAUGCACAUAGGCCUUGAAUUUACAAAACUUCAAUGUUUUAGACCUUCUCUUUGCAUAUUUUAAAGAUCUGAGAGGAAAAUACCAAAUGUCUUAUGGCUACUGGGAAAGGAUAAAAAAGGGGCAAUUACAAAUUUCUCCCCAAAUCUCCCUCAACCCACGUCCUUUUUGAAGAAAAGAUUAAGGGAGCAUGUCUCCCGUGGGAAUUGAAGUAUCAGUCCAAUCACUAAACACCUUCUAAAACGUAACAAUCCAGACAUCCCUCCUACAGGUGGUCAAUCUAUUGGCUUGGUACUGGCCCACUGAUGACCUUGACAAAAUCAGUCAUACACUCUUAGGUCUGUUGUAGAGGUCAAAAGCGUGCGACCACUAGUUGAUCACCACAAUGGGGUAAUAAAAAUACGUCCAUUAAGGAAAGCUGUCAUUUCAGAAUGAAUGUUUUCCUUUGGAGUUGGAGAGCUCUGACUCAAAUUUGUUAAUUAAAAUAGGAAAAAUAUGUAUUGUAUUGUUAUUUUACAUCUGACACAGCAGCCAUCUGUAGAGCUUAGGUAUAUCAUGGGGGAAUGUACGUUUCCAGGUGUGAAUUCAAGCUAUCACACUAUGUCAGCAUGGUUGUCCAGGCUUGCCAAUGUCUUGGACAGAGUUACAUUUGGUUUGGCCAUCCUCUUCGCAUUUUCCCUCCCCCUAAUUUUUUCAGCCAGUGAUUUCUUUUUAACUUAUGAUUGGUGAUGAUUGAUACAUUUUUUUGUCUUUGUUUUUGAGUAGUAGUAGUUGCUUUGGCUUACGUGAUGCACAUCUUCCAGAAGCACUUCUCAUUUGCACCAUGAAUGCAUGGAUACUGUACACUAGAUCAGUAGAGAACCUUGUGAUAGUUCUGGAUCCGAGGUCAGUUAGCAAGCUAAUUGAAUUGACCCUGUCACCCAAAGGCACUGUGCAGUGCACUUCAAGACUGGAGGCAUAAGUUACAGCUUGGUUGGCAAGUUACCAAUUGCCCGCUUGUAAACGCCAUGGAGGACUGCCUAAACACUUAUUAUUUAAUAAAAAAAAUGGAUGGGUUUCCAGCCCAUUCGUUCAGUGAAAACAUCAAA